AUGACAGAGGCCAUUUAUGCUGAAAUCGACAAAAAGUAUGCCGACAUUGCGUCUACUCUUUCUGAGAAAGACAAGAUGGUUUUGGGCCUUGCGUACUGUCCUUUGGACGGGGAACUUACGAGGGAUCGCAUUCGUGUUCGCAAGCUCUAUCGCAAGUACAACCUUUCUGCACCGGCGACCAUGUCCAUGGAUCCUUCCGAUGAAGGUGACGACGACUCAGAUGAUAUAAUGGGGGUCCAGAGGCGCGAGUUACUCGCUCAAAUCUUCGGUCUUGAUGAUGAGCAAAAACACCGAAUCGAGAUCGAACCUCCAUUUUACCUAGACUAUGGCUACAAUGUCAAAUUUGAAGGAGCUUUCUAUGCUAAUUCAAAUGCGACAAUUUUAGACUGUGCUGAGGUUACGUUUGGCCAUGGCGUACUUUUGGGACCAGGAGUGCAUAUUUAUGCAGCUACUCACUCAGUGAAUGCAAGAGAGCGGGACGCAGUUCUAGAGAGAGCUUUACCUGUAAAAAUCGGAAAAAAUUGCUGGAUAGGUGGAAACACGACAAUUGUUGCAGGUGUGAAUAUUGGAGAAAAUACCACAAUUGGAGCAGGAAGUGCUGUUACAAAAAAUAUUCCAAAAAAUUGUGUUGCAGUCGGUUGCCCUGCUAAAGUCAUUAAAUAUAUUUAA